AUGGUGCAGGCGUUCAACCGCCGCGGUGCGGGGCCGCGCACGAAGGAGAUCACCGUGCACACGCUAGAAGACGAUGAGCGAGAGCCGGAGCGGAGUCUACAGAACGGUGUGCUGCAGGGUUACUACGUCGGCUACAAGCUCGUCAACGGCUCGUCGCCCUACCUCUACCACACAGUGCCCGUCAACGCCGACACGCCGCUACAGGAGCACGUCGUCACGAGUCUCGCAAAGUUUGCCAAGUACAGCGUCAUGGUGCAGGCGUUCAACCGCCGCGGCGCGGGGCCGCGCACGAAGGAGAUCACCGUGCACACGCUAGAAGACGAUGCACCUCCGCCGUUCAACGAGUCUGACGGAAUUCUGCAGGGAUACAAGAUUUGUGUACGGACCCGUAGGAGACGAGACGAUUUUCAGGAGGAGAUUCGCACGAAGACGACGACAGUGUUGAAGACGACCAUACACGGCCUCGAGAAGUACUCUAACUACAGCAUACAGGUGCUCGCGUACACGCGCACGGGAGACGGCAUGCGCAGCGACCCCGUACACAUCACCACCCUGCAGGACGUUCCGGGUCAACCAGGGGACAUCAAGGCACUGCCGAUGGGUCCAAGCGCGAUCAUAGUCGCGUGGCGCCCUCCAUUGCACCCAAACGGAAUCAUCACCAAGUACACGAUCCGCAUGAAAUACAAGGAGGAGAAGAAGAGGAAGGAGGAGAUCAUGGUUUCGGCCGAGCAGCUGAGUCACGUGAUCAAGGACCUGCAGCAGAACUACGACUACGCGUUCAGCGUGACGUCAUCGACUGUCGUCGGCGAGGGCGAGGCGACGAGAAGCGUCACGGCGUCGCCUAGCAACGACAUUGCAGCGCGAAUCGCGUCGUUCAACCAGCAGUUCGUCACUAAGUGGAAAGACGGCCUCACGUUGCCAUGCCAACCGGUCGGCUUCCCGACGCCGCAGAUCGAGUGGAUGGCCAACGGGGACGACGUGGAGGAAGGAGACCCGCUGAUGACGGUACAGGAGGACGGGUCGCUGUACAUAGCGUCGGUCGAGUCUAGCGACGCGGGAAACUACACGUGCAAGGCGACGAACGUCUACGGCGCAGACGAAGUCACGCACGUGCUCAUCGUACAGGCGCCACCGUCUGCUCCCAUUAUCCACGUCAUGGGUACGUCACUCAGCUCUGUCAAGAUCCGCUGGCGCAUUGCCAACGAUGGUGGAAGUCCGAUCAGAGGGAUAACGCUCAGCACGAAGCGAGAGUUCGAGGAAUGGCGAACGCAGGAGGUGUCGGGUAAGAACAACACGUUUGUCGUCGACGACCUCGCGUGUGGCACCAAAUACCAGAUGUUCGUCACCGCCCGCAAUCGCAUCGGAGCCAGCGCCCCUAGCGACAUUCUCGAAACACGCACCAGCGGAUCAGCUCCCAUCAUGGCCCCUAGCGGCAACUUCAUCGUUCUCAACUCGACGUCGGUCGUACUGAAUCUCACCGCGUGGAGGGAUGGCGGCUGCGCGAUGACGUCAUUCGUCCUGCAGUAUCAGAUCUACGGCCAGCAGGAUUGGACGACGGUCGCCAAUGACGUCAGUCCUUCAAUCGUGAGUAUUCUCAAUCCAGUCGCACCGCCGCGUCGCAGCGCCACGUCUCCGGGCACGACCGUCUCCUCGAACCACGAGGAGCUGUCGCGCGCCUACGAACACGGACGUCGCCACCCGCUGCCGCUGCUCUCCGGCGACCACGACGUCGUCGCCGAGACGCCGCGGACAGCAGACGAGCUAUAA